UGUAUGUAGUGUCCCUACUGCUGUUCAUGCAGCUGCAUCUGCAGAUCCUUUCACGGGUCGAAUCAACGACACCCUUCUCUUGCGCACCUACUUCCCCGAUGAACAUAGGUAGACAUUGAACUGCAAUCAUGCCGUGCGACCUCCAAUACAUACAUACAUACACACACACAUACACACAACGAACGAACGAACAUGUGGUGUGUUUUCUACAUACGAACAGAGGUGCAUUCAUGCAGUGCGAGUAUUGUCGCAUGAAAAGCAUGUACGGAUUGGAUAGGUGGGUGGACGAUUGUCAUUCGAGCGUGGCGGUACUCGUCGACUCGCACCGCCUUUUCUGCGUUACGAAGGGAAACGAAAUGGUAGUACAGUACCAUUAUUGCGGUGGCCGUUCGGACGUAUUGUGCCUACAUACCUACAUAGCUACGACACUCAACUCACAGAGAGGGGAUGGAGCCAACGGUCCGAUUCCAACUCCUUUAGCAUGCACAGAGGGGCGUGUGGAUCGGAGAGAUGGAAUCUCGUCGAAGAAUUUCGCAUGCUAUGUGCUCCCGAUAUGUUGGUUAUGUGUAGCUAACUAGUGAUAUCUUACUUUCUGGCGUGAGUGAGGGGUGUGCAUGCGGUUGCCGCAGCUCACCGAUAGGUUAGGUGCUUGUGCUGUUCGUUGUCGGAGCAGCAAGAGGAGGAAGAGGGUGAGGGGGAGGGGUAAUAUGACAGUGGGAAACUCGUAUUGUACGUAUUCGUGCAGUAGUAUAAAAGUAUAUUCCCGUAAAGAGGAAAAAAAAGGGAAGAGCUUGGGAUGGGAAGAGAGGUAUGUGUGUAAGAUACCUGCAGUAGUUAGUGCGAAAGGUGUAGUGGGAGGGAGCGCGCGGAGG